AUGGCUCCCCGGUGCUUCAUUGUCCGCCACGGCGAAACAGAAUGGUCUCUUAACGGCCGCCACACCGGCUCGACAGACCUCCCACUUACAGCAAACGGCGAGAAACGCAUAAUCGCGACGGGCAAAGCGCUAGUGGGGAAUGACCGAUUGGUCGUUCCUAAGAACCUUGUUCAUGUAUACGUCUCACCCCGCACCCGCGCCCAGCGAACCCUGGAGCUCCUAGAAAUCGGCUGCCGUGAACGACUACCCUGGACCGAGCACCGUAAGCCAGAAAACCAAGAGCCAAUUCGCACAGAGGCGAAGGUUGAGGUUACGGAUGUGAUUCGGGAGUGGGAUUACGGUGAUUAUGAAGGCUUGACUAGUAAGCAGAUUAAGUCUAUCCGGGCAGAGAAGGGGCAGGGGCCCUGGAAUAUUUGGACGGAUGGAUGUCCUGGUGGAGAGUCCCCCGAAGAUGUGAUGCGUCGUCUGGACGCAUUGAUUGCCGAGAUCAGGGAAAAGCAUCAGCGGCAAUGCUUUGAGAAUCCCGAUUCGCCUAAGGGUGAUGUCCUUGUUGUUGCGCAUGGUCAUAUUCUGCGUGCAUUUGCGAUGCGCUGGGUUGGGAAGUCGUUGACGGAGACUUCGUUCAUCCUUGAGGCUGGAAGUGUGGGAACUCUGAGCUAUGAGCACCACAACAUCGACGAGCCUGCAAUUAUGCUGGGUGGACAGUUCGUGGUUGAGUAG